CCAGAAACAAACAGCGAGCAACUGACAAUACAGGCUGACUGAUUUUCUGCUCUGACGAACAGCGCUGGCAAUCUUUCACUUCAAUUAACUGACUCAAACGGACAAAAUGUAUACCAGUGAGGUCUUCCUGAGUGUGUUUAUCCUUCACGUGACUGCCACGAUUACGCUGCUCACAACAACACCAGUUUCAGCCGGCACUCUUCCCCGGUCCGCCAUCGGCGAAUGCCCACGCGGUUACGUCAUGAACGCCCUGGUCGGCUGUGAGGGUCUAGAAGGGAUGACAUGUAGCCGAGACCAGGACUGUCCCAUGAUCUCUCGGUGCUGUUUUAACGGCUGCCAGAUGACGUGCCUUUCCCUUAUGACCCUCGUCCAAACAUACUGCGUAGAAGAUGGAGAGAAAUACCACCCAGGAGAGCUGUUUAAAAGCGGAUGUUCCAUGUGCGCAUGCGGCAAGAAUGGCAAGAAAACCGGAUGUAAGAGAAUGCCAAACUGUGGUCAGCCUAACAUGAUUUUGUUGCCUGACGGGCCGAUAGAAAGCGAUGACGUUAUCAUGGCGCCACUGACUGCUAACCCCUGGCUUGAACUGCCCGGGUGGUAAGGGGAAACAACUCAGCUCAUGAAUUGGAGAUACGUGUACAUGCAUGUGCUUGGUGGAAAUUGGGAGAUUGCAUCAAAUUAUGACUUAAUGGACAAUUACUUAAGACAAAAAUUAUUUUAUCAGCCUAAUCUAAUAUUGAUACUUUUUAUUGAUCUCUCUGUUUUGAUUAAACUGAUGAACUCUUAUAUUACUAGAUCUUUCGAUACCUAAAUGGAGUGGACAUGAAAUAAAACCAACGAUCAGAAUGAAACCAAAGAUCAUCAGUGACAAUAUUUUCAAAAAACUGAAUCAUUCUGUGUCUUAAAUCUUGGAAUACAAUCACCAAAACUAUUAACGAUUAUUGAUAUAAGCGUCAUGUCCGACAUUCGUGUACCACUCGUGGUCCAUAUAGGGCGUUCCAAGUCGAUAAUCGCAAGAUCCAUUUCCAAAACAACGUUUAACACUAGCUCCCAAAUACAAAGGUUUGUAAGAAAUUAUACAAAUAAGAAAUAAAGCCGGUAACACAAAAGAGAGAAGCAGUCAUCAGUUUUCAAUGAUGCCAGACAGACAGUUGAUAUUCCAGGCAUGAAUUCCAUUUUAAAGUUUAAAUUCGUAGCCCAUAAAUGAGAUCCAGGUCAAAUUACAAUUACACAAGGUAUUUCAGUCGCGCUUUAAUUGCAACUGUUUAUAAAGGCAUGAUGACUGAGCUGUAAUUUCUUCUCGAGUGCUAUCAUUUAAAUGUAGUUAAUUUGUCUUAAAAUGAAACAGUUUAUCGAUACAGCUAUGUCAUUUAUUUCUGUUAUUUAUUAUCGCAGUUAUUAAUUGAUGUACACUUAAAUACUUCAGACGUAUUUUAAAAUCAGACAUUUGUAGAUAUCAAUAUAACUGCAGUAAUAGCAGAUAUCCAAAAAUGGAUUCUUGUCAUCGACAAAUUAAUAAACAUUUUGAUAUAACUGAAAGGUGUGUAUAUAUAUAAUGGUCGAUGUCUGUAACUA